AUGGAUGCAUCAGCUGAACAAGACCCUACCUUCAGGAUCAUCACGACAUUGAGAAGCAUCCUCUUCAACACUGGUGACAUCCAGAAAUCGCGGCCACUCAUCACGCAAUGGCACGAAACGAGCAAGAACCUACUAAUUUGGCAUCGACGACGUCUUCGAGCUGCAGCACAGGCAUACAAGUGGACCAAUGUCUGCGAACAGCUCGACGAGCCUGAUUGUAUGCUGGCUCUGGGACGUGUAAUCGAAGACGCUACCACACGAUACGCACAGCCCGAGAUCGGUAUGAUCAAGGACAUCAGAAUAAGACUAUUGAUAGACCGUAGUGGGAGUCUCCAAGUGGAAAGCGUGCCAAUGGGCGAGGCAAAGCCCUUAAGGACUCUCGAGACCGACAUCUCGCAUCAGCCACCUUCAAAUGGCCCUCCUUGGUCUCUAUCGCCAAAUGGCCGCGGCUCGUUGAUCUCUCUUGACACUGUCCCAACAGUACCAGCGUUACACACUUUGCACAAAACGACAUAUCGAGCUCCUUACGACGCUGCACGAGAGCGAGCAGGCAUUGCGAAAUGCCCACCUGGAGAGCGUGAAGUGCUUCUAUUCAAUCCCGAGCAGGAGAUUAUGGAGGCAAGUCUCUGCGCGGUGUAUUUCUAUCGCAAUGGCAAAUGGGUCGCGCCGUCAUGCGAGACCGGUGGAUGGCGAGACCGUCUGGCUGAGCAAUGCUCUUAG